AUGACUUCUAUCGACAUCUCUCGUGCCGUGCAGACAAACCUAGACCUCGAGGACCAAGUCAACAUUGCGGAUGGCAUCUUCGUCGACGCUUUAGACCCUGCUCUCCCUGUCGACCCGGAUGAUCUCAACGCUCACUCCGCCUCUGGGCCAGGCUAUCAAUCCUUCGCCAGCCAUGGGUCCAAUAUCAUCCCUGCUGGAAUGGCGUCGUUCUUGCCUCCCGGCGAGGACGCAUUUCGCGAGAGCGUCAUUGUUCACGGCCGUCGAGGUGCUCAGAGCACCGAUCGCUCAUUUAGCGACCGCACCCCCAUUCAGGUAACCUACCGCCGCUUGGAAGAUCUCUUUGAUCGAGGGCGAGGCCAUGAGGCUUCUAAUAUCCUCCAGCGCCGAUGGAGGUCCAACAUCCUUCUAGAUGCAACAAAAACAGUUCAGGCUAAUGGCCUGGACUCCGUCCAGUUCUUUCAGCACGCGAACUAUCUCGACUGCCAUUUCAUUCUUGGCAGAGGCAUUGGCAUCGACGUCGGCAUUCCUCAGAGCUCAGGAAUGGGCUGGCAGUAUCAUCUCGAUCUAUCUAAGCCCCACUGGUAUCUCAGGCUCGCCGACCCUCCCAUCGGGUUCAAUAUCUCCGGAAGGGUUGCCUACAUGGGCUACGCCGCCGACCUUCGCUGGUGGACUGUCUUCGCUCCUAACGCCUACAUCGCCGGCAUCCAAGCACCAUCUGAUUCAAAGCCAUACGCCUCAUCCAGCUCCCUCAUGGCCUUGGGAAACUUUCGCAGAUGGGCCAUGUUCAUCGCCCACUGCCUCGCUGAGAUCCUUCCCGGCGUCGCUGUCUAUAACAAAUACCCCCAUAUCGACAACUCGGACGAGUACAAGCACGCAACGUCCAUGGGCGUCGAAACUUAUCAAUGGAACAUAUCCCUCGUCUACGCACGCAGGCUGGCAAUGGUCAUGAAGAGAGACUGGACUGCCUGGGUUGAGGCGGCACCGAGUCACUUCAAGAACGACUUCAUUACUGACAACUCCCCUCUCCUUUUCAUGGAGGGCUAUGGCCAGAACGCACCUCUCGGCUCCGUUAACUUUGCUAAUGAGGCCACGGAUUGGAGAAAGGCCUACAACUGGAAUGAGGUGGCAACAUCCAUGUUCUCGAUCGCACAUGGAAUUAGUGUGAGGGAGAUCUCGGAGAAGAUCCCCAUCGCUGUGGAGGACAUCAUUGACUCCAAUCCAGAUGGUGUCUUUGACGAGGGACUUAAUCUUAUCGAUGAUCUCGCCGACAUCGACCUUGAGGUAACUCCCAUCUUCGACAACCAAGGAACCCCUAUUCCAGCACACCAUCUCGAGUUCAAAGAUACCCCCUGUGGCACUCUUGCCAAUCUCGGCCGAUUCCCCGAUCUCUUUCGCGGAACUGUUCAGCGGGAAUACGGCGAGACCGACGGCGAAGAUGACAGUAGCGACGGUGCCUCCGAUGUCGACGACCCGAGCCGGGACAUGCAUCGCGCUGCCAGAGGCAUCCAUCCUCGCUUUCGUGCUGCCGCCCGUGCUGCACCUCUAGGUAAAGUCAAGCCCUCCCUGUUCCCACACGCCUUCCUGGGAACAGCUGGCCAUGCAUCAAUACACACGGUGCCAGACGCGUUCAAGAGAUGUGUUCAAGAUAUCAACUUGGACUACAUGGAUCAGCACCUCGAGGUGUGGCAACCAGCUGGCGACGACGACCUCCCCAUAUGGGCAAACUCGUUCAUUCAGGGCACAUUCUGCCAGGCCUACAAUGAGGCCGCACAUAGCUAUCGAUCCCGCACCGCUUUUCACGACGCUGAGCUCGGUCUCAACACAAGGCAGUUCACUGGAGCACUCGGGAAAGGAGCCAGAACUAAACGCAUCGCACAGCAGACAGCCGCCCGCCUUGCUGCAUGCCUCCCUCAUGAAGCUUUCAAUCGCAAGAUCAGCGCUCCCAAUCUCGAUGUCUCCUUUCGGUUUGAACAGACCUUCGUACUAAACUGGGAGCGUCUCGCCCCCGACGUUGACAGGUCAAGUGUUGCAUUCGAUGUGAUUGCCUCCAUUGUUCUCCACCUUAGAACUCCUGACGUCUUCGAUCAAAUUUGCGAGACUCUAUAUGUCUUUACUCCUGGAACUUUUCCAAAGCUCUACAGUGUUAUGACAUUCCCGCUCACUUCACUUAUUGAGACAGUGCGAGCGGAGAUAAUGGCUAAAAUGGACCACAACGGCAUACCCAUCGACACCGGAUCCACUGAUGGCGCGGCGGCCACCCCUCCGCUUUAUCACAUUGAGCUCCUGUCCUGUCUCGAGCGUGCUCUCAACUUCGCCCAUACCGGGAAUAGACGGGUGAUCGAGACAGGAGUCAUGAAUCCCUUACAUAUUGGCCGUGGACUCAUCGUCGACGGGACACCUUGUCUCAAUCGCAAGAACGUUACAUGGUCCUCCGCAAAUGGGUCAGUCACAGUCUCUAUCGAUCCAGACCAAUGGCCCACGGUCAAGUCCGUUCCGUGCAUGUCCUCGGCUAGGGCACAGCUUCUUACUUAUCGUGAUGAGCAUUACCAGAGCUACAUGGCCAUGUUCACCCUGCAUCACGCCAUUCACUGCACUAAUGUCAAGAUGGCAGAGGCUUAUGAGUUCCCCUACAACAGAGCCCUCUCAGUGAUGCACGUCUUCAUCGGCAUCAUGCAACGCGACAUCGUGGCCUUCGUCGCAACAGAGAUCCAGAAGACUUGGCUUCCCCUUCUGCAGUCUCAAAGUGAGGUUCUUCGCAAGCUCGCAUUUAACAUCACAUCGGUGCAGCUAAAGAUGUGGCGCGAAUCACCUCAUCCUCUCGCACCGAGCGCGCGAUCCAUCCUCACACUCAUGCUGAGGAAACCCAAUGAGCCUCCCCUCCGAUCCCUCCCGUUCGGUGACCCAAAGCACAUCACCCUCACGGAUUGCGCCUCCGCCUUACUGACCCUCGGGUCAUCCACAGGAGACGCUCGCCACGACUCACCCUUGCCUCCCACAGGCUCUUCUCCAUAUGGACUGCGUCAGGCCAUCUCAUUCAUUACUGCCUUGUUCAAUGAUGCGCUCUCAAGAUCCACAGACAGCUCACACUCUUCCGAUAUCAUCAAAAUCAUUCGAAUCACUCUGAGCGACCUUCAGAUCCAUUACCUUCCCACUCAUCCCCCUUCCCUGUCCGAUCGCGGUCGCCCAAUCACCAAGGCAAGUGCAUACCACUGGGUCUCAUUGGGACAGCCUCAGGAGCCAGGAACAGGCCUUGUCGACGUCUUCACACCACAGUCGGUUCUCGACGGCCUUGAGCCAGAUGAGAUCGAGGACAGCAGGUCCCCCUGGUCCAUUCUGUCAUCCCCUGUCGAUGAUUGGCCGCAUCUCCUCCACAAGGACGUCCUCCCCGAGGACUUUCGCAUGUCAGAUGCCCUUGGCUCCACCACCAAGCAGGCUUCAAAACCCAAAGCCAACGCUCCCUCUGCCAAUUCCGACAAGGCCAUCCAGGAUGAAACAAUCAAAUGGGUCGAGCACAACAUCGACAUGACUAAUCCUGUUCACAAGCUUGUCGUCUUCUAUUCAGCAAUAUUUGCAUUGCAGGCCCCAAAUGUCAUGGCCAUGCUCCGGGACGCUCCAGACAACAUCGACUCUAUGAAUCCAAAAGACAUCGAUGAUAUCAUUAGAAACUCCGAGUGGCUUCCUGCGACUCACUCAGGAAGCUCUCUCCAGCGUCCAUAUCUGGCCAUCUUCACCGUGUAUGUGCUCGCAUGUGUCGAGACCGCUAGCCCUCUCUACAAGAAGGUCCUGGUAAGCGGAAAGGGGCCUUACAGUGUGCUGGGAAUCAAGUGUGCUCACAAAUACAUCGUUUGGUACAACAUGGUUCGUCUCGGACUUGCUCGCACAAGCGGCGGCGCCCGUCUCUUCGGUGGAGGAGGGAAUAGAACUGCUGGUCCAGCGCAGUUCGCUUUGCGGACCUCUGCCUCUGGCCAGUGGUGCUUCAAGUCCUACAGGGAGCUUGAGGCAUUGUGGCAUUCCUUCGUGGCUACCAUGAAAGAUCCCGACGCAGGACCAUACACAGCUAUCAGAGAUAUCGUCGGGCCUGCUCAAGCCGCCCGAAUGGUAAAGGCCGGUGUCCUCACUGCCCCAGUGGGUGUCAACAUAACCACAAGAGCUGUCAGCGAGGUCGCACCUGAGGGAUCUGAGCGUCCCGCCAAGCGUCGGAAGAACGCGCAGUGCUUGUGA